GAGGGCCUCGGCCAGAUGCUGCGCCUCUUCGCCGGGUGGGAAGGCAGACGGUGUGGCCGAGGGCUUGUUUUUCUUCGGCAUGGAGGCCUUCCUGGAGCAGCAGCAGCGGGUCUCGCUCGGGCGGGCGUCCGCCUGCCUCGAGGUCCUCUUCAGACACGCCGCCCAGGGCCCCGACCGCAUGUCCACUAAGCAGCUGCACAUGACGGUGUACCUGACUGUGCAGUUCGCGCUGUAUGGCUUUGUGGAUAAGGAGGGGUGUUGCCACCCCUGGACGGCACGGUCGCCAGGCUUAUACGCACCCCCGUGCUCGUGGUGGAUCCGCCCACUGGGGUCGUCUAUAGCUUCCUUCGGAAGAUCUCGACCGCGCCCUUCAAGAUGCUGGCGUACGCGGAGGACCGGCAUGUGUCUGAAGACGCGGCGGCAGUGCGCACGCCCGCGGGCUCCCCCGCGGGCUCGCCGCGGGCGGCGUCGCCGCGGGUGGCGUCGCCGCCGGGGGCCUCUCCCCGCGAG